ACCAUUCUCUUUCACAUUGAACGCCCCAGUGUGUAAAAUGCCCAAAGAUUCCUCGAGACCCAGCCUUCCUACAUUAUCGUCAGAUUUUGCACUUCCAUCUAGCUCGAUUGCGAGCACCUCUUCUGUAACACUCGAGGAUACAAGUUUCGUUCUUCACAGAUUUCGAAGACCGAGUCUUCUAACUCCCAAGGCGACACAUUUAUCAGAAACCCGCCUUCACAGCCCUCUCGUCAGCUCUUUCACUCUUCAACCGUCUCCAAUAAAGCGAAAGGCACAUUCAGAUGAUGAGGACUCUCCGAUGUACAGGGACCGCGCUGGCAGAGAGAGUUCCCCAUCUAGCAGCUCCGAGAACCCCACUCCCCCACUUGCCGUGCAAGAAAAUAGCGAAGAAUCAGAAGAUGGGGGGAAAGUGGUUAAAGCUAAGUCGCUGCGUACCCCGCCCCGGAAAGCAUCGACAUCGGCUAUAGAUAAUCACCUUAUACCCAGGCGUCGUCUAUCCUACCCGCUUCAGGUCAAACAACCCCGAAUAUUAAAUCUUCUUGCAGAAUCCCGUCCCGUCGAAGACGAAGUGAAAUCGGAGGCUGCAUUCCAACGUUUAGUGGCUGCGGGGGCCGAGCUUCCCAUGCAGCCCCGCACGCCAAGCACGAUGUCUAAUCGUGGCCGUUACCCAGAAGAAGCAUGCGAAGACGAUUAUCAGCGCGAAGAGACACCGAGUGACGAUGAAGGGGAGGACGAGCCUUCUUAUGCUUCAAGCAUGAGUGAACCCAUUGCUAUUAGGAAUCGCACGCCUGCCGGUAGUGUCAAUGGUGAUGAUCUGAACACCAUGAGUAUUUCAGAAAGUCCCAGUUUUUCGAGCAUAUCAAGCAUGGCUAUGGACGUCGACGUACCAUCUGCGUCCCCUUCCAUUUCCUCGCUUUCGUCCACUCCAAUACAUCAUUGGCGCUACACCCCUCCCCCGACUACCAGUGUCGUGCGGUCAAACAAACGUAAACUGGAUGAUCGGUUCGAUCCCUACCCGGCAGCUUCCAAGCGGCGUGCUGUUUCCCCUUCCCUUACUUUUCUACGGGAAUCACAUCCAAAUGUUGGAUCACCAAAAACUCGCAACACUCCACGCCUCCCAAUCUCUAUCCCAGUAGCUGUACCUGGGUCCAAUAAUAAUUCCGCCACCUCUUCGCCGACUUUUUCUGGCUCAUUCUCAACCUCAUUCUCGAGAACAGUGCCUGUCACAUCGAGUCCAACACUCCGUGCAUCUAUGGGUUUAGCUAGCCCUAUCCUUCGGCCGCUAGUCCGUGGCAUUAGACGGGAUGGAGAGGAGAAGGAAGUUGAAGGGGCUGGCGAAGCAGUGGGAGGCUUAAGUCUUGGGUGAUUCAUAGGUCAAAUAAGAAUUGUGCUUCCAUUAUUCUCACAACUUCAUGAAGAUCAACGUAUGACAGGGGUAUUGUUUGUGUUCUGUGGCUGCAUUGAUGUACUUGGCGUUAUCUUCUCAUUUUUUCGACUUCGUUAGACACAAACGAAUCUCAUCAUUGGCCGACUACAUAAUACACGUUGUAAUGACUGUGUUCAAACGUUCAACACAUCAUUGGAACGUUUCAAAGCAGCUACUACAAUUUC